AUGUCAUGGAUGAGUGCUAUUGUCAUGGAAAAUUUUUUGCACAAUUUACGCACAGUACGCGGAUGUGAGGCUCCGGAAUGGGACGACUGCACUCGUGGAAUUCUUGUGGCUUUAAUCGAAGAGCGACCGACAAUUUGGAAUGAUCGAGCAAAACUACUAAAGGAUGACGUUCUCUCGAGCUUUCAGCAAAUUUCCAAUAUUCUAUCGAACAAGGAUAACCGAUUCAAUGUCUGGGCGCUAAUUGAAAAAUGGUGCUGGAUGGUCGAGUUGUAUACGCGUUCGACAACAUUCGACAUCGAAUGGAGAUAUCGCAACAGUUUGCAUUUUUUGAGUGAAUUCUUGAAAAUCGCUGCCAAGAAGGAAGGAAAACAGUCGGAUGUGGGAUUGUUCCGUGCUGAAAUGGCAUUUUUCGCUAGCGAAACUGAUACGCUCGCAAUUCCUGAUGUAAUUAGUAAAGCCAGAGAAAAUGGACACAGAAGACGCGGAAGACCACCAAAGUAUUUGGAAGAAAAUCAAAAUCACCAUGACGUAACAUACGAAUCACAUGAGGAUAAAGAUUUGGACGAUAACGCAUUUGACAAAUUUGGCUUCAACAAUGCAAUGUACACAUUCCUUAUCGAUUCGGUUCGAGAGAAAUGCGAACUUUGGCAUUAUCGACAUCCGCAGCGAAAUAACACCGAAUUACACGAUCAGAUUUUCGAUAAUAUCGCUUCUGAAAUUCAGCAGAAAUUUAGUGAAAAUAUGAAAAAUUCGAAUCUUUGUGCAAUCGAUGGAAAAACUGUAAAACUGGCUUGGGCUGCGUUGAAAGAUCGAUUUCAUUCGGAAGAAGGUAAACCGAAUUCGUCGUGGAAAUUUGUAACGAAUCUACAAUUCUUGUCUAUGCGAGUAAUGCCAGCAUUGCUUUUCGAUCAAGUCUUUCUCAAAGACAAACAAUCAGCGCAUAACUCAUCGCCAUCGCCGUCUGGAUCUGUGAACAGCGACAGCGCGGCAUCUACACGAAUCGCCUCCUCAUCGCCGGCAAUGUUCACAACAGCAAAUUCGAAGACGAUACAAUCGGUGCUCGAUCAUCUUGUGGCUGCACAGAACAAGCAAAUGAUGGCGACGUCACAGCCUUCUACUUCUCGUGAUGAUAACACAGCAGUUGAAGGCGUUCAAAUGUCACAGGCGACGCUAACCGAAUUGCAAAAAAUUCUCACGGCGAAUGCGACGCAGCUAGUGAAUGGAAAUGUUGGGCCACCUGCGAAAAAAUCACGAACGGAAAGCCCGCUAUCGAAUGGAACAGCGACAAUGGUUGUGGUGAAUGACGCACGCAAAAACACGCCAGCUACGAUAUCAACAUGGGUUCCGCCAAAGGAGGAUUCCGUCACCACGAUGGCAAACAACACAGUGUCGAAGUCAAAGGAUGAGCCGACACCCAAACGCUCGCAAUCCGGAGUUAUUCCCGGUGCAACUGCUGUGAUACGCACGAAUGCUUCUGUUGACAAACAGCUGAGAAAGAACAACUUGCAACUGCAGCAAACUCUUGCUGCUGGCUUAAAUAAUGGACGGAGUACAAUCCUCAACUCGGUGGCGCGUCAGAAUCCGGCUAUAUCGCAGGCUCUUUUCAAGAAUAAAUCUCCGCCGCCGUCGUCACAAUCGACAAAUCAUAUUGGAAUGAAUGGAGACCACAUGUUGAUGACGAAAGAUAAUGAAAAUGAUAAAUGGGGAUAUCUUGGAAAAUUCGUGACAGCAACAGCUCGCGAAAUCGAACAGCAUGAUCCAAUACUUGCAUGCCACUUUUUGAAGGAUCUUCAGGAGACUGUCAUAAAGUACCAAUUUCAAUCUCUGGCUGCCUCAUCCCUCAAUACCACCUCUUCCACCUGA